CAGAUCCGGCUCGGGGACAAGUGCUACCCGGUGUGCAAGAGGAAGCUGAUCGAGCAGAGUGACUAUUUCCGAGCCCUCUACCGCUCGGGCAUGCGGGAGGCAGGGCAGGGCCAGGAGGAGCAGCUGCUGCGCGGGGGGCUGAGCGCCCUGGGGCUGGAGCUGGUGCUGGACUUCAUCAACACCUCCUGCCUGGCCAGGCUGGAGCAGGAGGAGGGCGGCGAGGAGGAGCCACCCUUGCUGGAGGAGUUGGUGGAAGCUGCUUCCUACCUGCAGGUCACACCCUUGGGCCCCCUGCAGCACCUGAAGGAGAGGCGGAUGAGGGGCACCGCCACCCUCGUGGCCAUCGGGGACUUCAUGGGUGCCUCCUCCCUGGCCAUGUCUCCAGGCUGUCACCCUCAGGCAGAAGCCCCCUGGUCUAUGCUGAGGUAUGACGAGGAGGCGCAGAGGUGGCUGCCCCUGGCCAACAACCUGCCCCCUGAUCUGGUGAACGUCCGCGGCUACGGGUCGGCGAUGCUGGACAACUACCUCUUCAUCGUGGGGGGCUACAGGAUCACCAGCCAGGAGAUCUCGGCCGCCCAUUGUUACAACCCUUGCCUAAAUGAAUGGAGUCAGCUGGCUUCCAUGAACCAGAAGAGGUCCAAUUUUAAGCUUUUGGCUGUAAAUGGAAAGCUUUAUGCCAUUGGUGGUCAAUCCCUUUCCAACGUGGAGUGCUAUAACCCAGAAAAUGACUGGUGGAAUUUUGUAGCAUCCAUGCCAAACCCUCUUGCAGAAUUCUCAGCUUGUGAGUGCAAGGGCAAGAUCUAUGUCAUUGGAGGAUACACUACACGAGAUAGGAAUAUGAACAUUUUGCAGUACUGUCCCACUUCUGAUUCCUGGACCAACUUUGAACUCUGCGACGUCCACGUUCGCAAGCAACAGAUGCUCUCUGUUGAAGAGACUAUCUAUCUGGUAGGGGGUUGUAUUCAUGAACUUGGACCAAACCAAAAAUCCAGCCAGAGUGAGGAUGUGUUAACUGUGCAGUCGUACAACACUGCGACAAGAGAAUGGCUCUACCUCAAGGAGAACACUUCCAAAUCAGGCCUUAACUUGACUUGCACGCUUCAUAACGAUGGAGUCUAUAUACUGAGCAGGGACAUUACUUUAUCUACAAGCUUGGAGCACCGUGUUUUCCUGAAGUAUAACAUAUUUACAGACAGUUGGGAGUCACUAAGGCGCUUUCCAGCCUUUGGACAAAACAUGCUGAUCUGUUCUAUGUAUUUGCCUGAUGUGAGAGAAGUAUAA